CCCACCAAUAUAUCAAACAAUGGUUUACAACAAAGAUUACACAGUGAGAAUCUGCCGCAAAGAAACAAUCUCAGCCGCACUACCAUUACAGGAACACUGGCUUUCUCUCUCUAACCUCGACCUUCUUCUUCCUCCAUUGGACGUUGGGGUCUUCUUCAUAUACACAAAGCCGCCAUUAGAGCUCAAGCAGAGCUUUUCUUCUUCUUUUUCCUCUCUGGUUAACGUUCUCAAAACCUCUCUGGCUAAGUCGCUGGUUAUUUAUUAUCCUUUUGCUGGAGAGAUUGUGAAUAAUUCAAUGGGAGAGCCGGAGCUGCGUUGCAAUAAUCGCGGUGUGGAGUUUAUUGAAGCGUUUGGGGAUGCUGAGAUUAUAGAGCUUGAUUUUUAUGACGCGGAUCAGAGCUUUGAGAGGAAGCUUGUGCCGAAGAAGAAGGACGGCGUGCUCACUAUUCAGGCGACAGAGAUGAAGUGCGGCGGAAUGGUCAUAGGAUGCACAUUCGACCACCGCGUAGCCGACGCCUACUCAUUCAACAUGUUCCUCCUCAGCUGGUCGGAGACAUCGUUAGGCAAACCAAUAUCAACCAUCCCAUCGUUCCGGCGCUCCCUUCUCAGCCCCCGCCGACCCCCUCACUCCGAAGCCUCACUCGACCGCCUCUACAUCCCCGUCUCUCAGCUUCCACCGCCGACUGCUCCAUCAUCAAACAUCAUAAACCGCAUUUACUACGUCACCGCCGCGAAUAUCAACCGCCUUCAGCAAAAAGCAGUGUCGAGCCAAAGCACGAAGCUGGAGGCAUUUACAGCUUAUUUAUGGAAGCUGGUGGGGCGAGCAGCUGGCCGGAAACAGAGGACCCACAUGGGCGUGGUGGUGGACGGCCGGAGACGCCUCGGGCUGCUGGCAAUGAUGGAUGCUUAUUUUGGCAACGUGCUGUCGAUUCCGUACGCGUCGGCGACGGACGUGGAGGAAAUGGAGAUGAGCGAAAUUGCUGAGCGCGUGCACACGUUGGUUGCGGAGGCGGCGAGAGAAGAGCAUUUUAAGGGAUUGGUGGAUUGGGUGGAGGUUAGGAGGCCGGAGGCGGCGGUGGCUAAGGUUUAUGUGGAGGAAGGGUUGUCCGUGGUGGUGUCUUCCGGAAGGGGUUUUCCGGUGGGGGCGGUGGAAUUUGGGUGGGGAAAGCCUUUGUUUGGAUCGUACCAUUUUGCGUGGAAUGGGAAUGCGGGGUAUGUUAUGCCGAUGCCGAGCGUCAAAGGAAACGGGGAUUGGAUGGUUUACGCGCACCUGUCCACGGAGCUUGUGGGAAUUUUGGAGGCUGAUGGGAUUUUCCACCCGAUUACUGCUCAUUAUCUCGGCCU